CCUAGCUAUUUACAAAUUAUUUUACAAAAAACUUGUAAUUCAAAAGAAAGUGAGCGGUGUCGGUCGCGUCCGCCUUCCAGGAAAGUAAACGGAAGUUUCCAUGUGUCUACACCAGCUCACGUUCAGGCAAAUUUAUUUGCUACCAAUUCGCCCAGCUAGAAAUUCUCCUUCUCCCUUUGUCUUCACCCACCAGCUGAUGAUUCAACGAGCAUCGCCGUGAAGAUCAAAACAUUGUGUUGAUUAUACCAUGGAGGUCUGAGAGAGAGCACUUUCUUCCGUCACACCAUUUUUAGGCGUCGAGGGGGAGUGAUCAGAGAGAGUUCUUAAACGAACGGGUGGAACUUUUUCACAUUUUUGCUGCAUCGAUCGUUGGCAGGGUCCUAUGAAAAGGCCACGGUCACCACGAUAUUCCGAGAGGCUUGAUUAUGAGGGCGAUGAAGCUGCGGCUUCUUCACGGCCUUCAUCAUCCUCAUCACCGGUGAGGAAAGAUGGGUUUGAGUAUGACGUAUUUCUGAGUUUUAGGGGACCAGACACUCGCAACGGCUUCACCAGCCAUCUCCAUGCUUUUUUAAAACUUAAGGGCAUCACCGCUUUCAUCGACAGCGAGAACUUGGAAAAGGGGGAGAUGGUGGAGGAGCUGUUUAAGUGCAUCCAAAAAUCCAAAAUCUUUGUGCCCAUCUUCUCCAAAGGCUAUGCCGAUUCAAGGUGGUGUUUAAAAGAAAUAGCCAAGAUCGUGGAAUGCAAAAGGCUCAUUUUGCCGGUGUUCUUUGAUGUGGAGCCAAGAGAUGUUCGUGAUCAAACCACUGGCCUUUUCGAACCUGCAUUUACAAGGUACCGCGAGAACAGCAGUAUGGACAAGGUGGAGGUGAGCAAAUGGAGUGGUGCUCUGACGGAAGCAGGGCGAGUCUCCGGUUAUACAUUAGCCGACACCGAAGGAAACGAGGCAAAGAUCAUUGCGCUCAUUGUGAAGAGGAUCCUAAAUGAAGUGAGCAAGACUUCUCUCCAUGUAGCUAGAUAUCCAGUAGGAUUGGAUUCUCGCAUUGCACAUGUGGAGGAAAUGUUAGAUGUGGAGGAUAAUAAUGUGAGAAUGGUUGUGAUCCAUGGAAUGGGUGGCAUCGGCAAGACAACACUUGCAAAGGCAGUCUACAACCAAAUCUACACUCGUUUUAAUGCUUCUAGUUUCAUUCCAAACGUUAGAGAAGCUGCAAAACAAUCCACUGGCCUUGAGUCCCUCCAAGAAAAACUACUUCGUGAUUUUUUCAGUGAUGAAAAUGUUAAAAUAAGCAGCGUCGACAAAGGAAUUGAAAUAAUUAGAAAUCGAAUUCGCAGUAAGAAGGUUCUGUUGGUUCUCGAUGACGUUGAUAAGAAAUCUCAAGUGGAUGCGCUGGCCGGCAGCAUAGAUUGGUUUUGCUCAGGGUCAAGAAUCAUCAUUACCACUAGAGAUAAGCGUGCAUUGGGGGCAAAAAGCGUGAAGCUGUAUGAACCUAAGGUACUAGACACUACCCAAUCACUUGAGCUUUUCAGUUGGCAUGCAUUCGGGAAAAAGGAUCCUGCUCCCAAAUUUGCGGAGUUAUCCGAGGAAGUUGCAUCUGCUGGUGGUGGGCUGCCAUUAGCCCUGACAAUAUUCGGAUCACAUUUCUUUGAUAUGGAAACAGUUGAAGAAUGGAAAGAGGGGCUUCAAAAGUUACAGGAAGAUCAAAACGAAGAUAUUCAUGUAAGCUUGAAGAUAAGUUUUGAUGCACUUGAUGAAAAGGAAAAGAAAGUAUUUUUAGACAUAGCGUGUUUUUUUCUUCAAGAAAAUAAGAUAGAGUUCGCUUUGCUCAUGUGGGAAGAUUGUAAGUUCUUUCCAAAGACAACAAUCCAAGUCUUGAGGCACAAGUCUCUCAUCAAUAUAAAUGAUGCCACUGGAAAGUUUGAAAUGCAUGACCUUAUACGGGACAUGGGAAGAAAAAUCGCCCAAGAUAACAGGAGCAGAUUGUGGAAGGAUGAUGAGACACUAGAUGUAUUGGAAACCAAGAAGGGAAUGGAAAAAAUUGAAGCAAUUCAGCUCUACUCGGGUACAUAUUGGGCACCUACGUAUGUUGAAGCAGAGCCUUUUGUCGCAAUGUCUGAACUUAGAAUGCUCCGGUUGGGGAAAAAUGUAGAGUUGAAAGGUGAAUUUGAACAUUUUCCUACGAAGCUCAGAUGGUUGCAAUGGUGUAUUGAAGAAGACUUGGAUUCAUUGCCUGGUGGCCUUCAUCUUGAGAAUAUUGUUGUUCUUGACUUAUCAUGCAGCCGGAUAACUCAACUUUGGAAUCCACAAGGAUUGGAAUCGACCAAGGUCUUUGGAAAAAUGAAAGUCUUAAAUCUCGCCUGUUGUUGGAACCUCACCAACUGUCUAGAUUUUGAGAGAAUGCCGCAUCUAAAGAAAUUGGAUCUCAGUUAUUGCGUGCCGAUGAGUGAACUUGAUCCAUCUAUUGGGCAUCUCAAGAGCUUGACUCACUUCUCUUUGUUGGGAUGUGGGUCACUAAAGACAUUACCUCCAGAGAUUUGGCAAUUGACCUCACUCGAAGAGCUUGACCUAAGUUCUUGUACAGAAAUUACAGCUUUGCCAUCACAAAUGGAGGAUCCGAAGUCAUUGAAGCCGGUGUUGCUUGGCAAACUAAGAGUCUUAAAUUUCAAGAGCUGUCAUAACCUCACCAUCUGUCCAGAUUUUACGAGCAUGCCAUAUAUAGAGAAAUUUGAUUUUAGCAGUUGCGAGAAGAUGAGUGAACUUCAUCCAUCCAUUGGGCUUCUUGAGAGGUUGACUCACUUGCCUUUGAGGAAAUGUGGGUCACUAAAGGCCGUACCACAAGAAAUUUGGCAAUUGACAUCACUCGAAGAGCUUGACCUAAGUUCUUGUACAGAAAUUACAACUUUGCCAUCACAAAUGGAGGAUCCGAAGUCAUUGGAGCCGGUGUUGCUUGGCAAACUAAAAGUCGUAAAUUUCGGUGACUGUUCUAACCUCACAGGCUGUCCAGAUUUUACAAGCAUGCCACAUCUGGAGAUAUUGGAUUUUAGAAGUUGCACCAAGAUGAGUGAACUUGAUCCAUCUAUUGGGCUUCUUGAGAGCUUGACUCACUUGAAUUUGUCCGGCUGCGAAUCGCUAAAGACAUUACCUCGAGAAAUUUGGCAAUUGACCUCACUCAUAAGGCUUGACCUAAGUCAUUGUACUGAAAUUACAACUUUGCCAUCACAAAUGGAGGAUCCCAAGUCAUUGAAGCCGGUUUUGCUUGGCAAACUAAGAGUCUUAUAUUUCAUUAAUUGUUCUAACCUCACCAGCUGUCCAGAUUUUACGAGCAUGCCACAUCUUGAGACGUUGGAUUUUACAAAUUGCACUAAGAUGAGUGAACUUGAUCCAUCUAUUGGGCUUCUUGAGAGCUUGACUCACUUGUCUUUGAAGAAAUGUGGGUCACUAAAGGCCGUACCACAAGAAAUUUGGCAAUUGACCUCACUCGAAGAGCUUGACCUAAGUUUUUGUAUAGAAAUUACAACUUUGCCAUCACAAAUGGAGGAUCCAAAGUCAUUGGAGCCGGUGUUGCUUGGCAAGUUAGAAGUCUUAGAAUUCGAGGGCUGUUCUAACCUCACCAUCUGUCCAGAUUUUACGAGCAUGCCACAUCUUGAGACGUUGGAUUUUACAAAUUGCACUAAGAUGAGUGAACUUGAUCCAUCUAUUGGGCUUCUUGAGAGCUUGGCUCACUUGAAUUUGAGGGAAUGUUGGUCACUAAAGACAUUACCACAAGAAAUUUGGCAAUUGACCUCACUCGAAGAGCUUGACCUUACUGGUUGCUACCAGAUUUCAGCCCUGCCUGAAUCCAUGAGACACUUGAAGCAACUUAAGUGGCUGUAUCUACAGCGGUGUUCCUCGUUGACAGAAAUACUUGAAUGCAUUUGUUCUUUUCUCAAUCUUGAAGAACUAGAUUUGAGUUGGACAACCAUUGAAGAGCUGCCACAUUCCAUUGUGUCGCUAGAGAAGCUUGAGGUCCUCUCAGUUUCUCAUUGCCAUGGGCUCAAGCUCUUGCCUUGGUUCCUACCUUCCCUCACCGAACUCGAAGCAAGGGGCUGCGGAAAGCUUGAGGACGUUCCUGGCAUUAACCAGAUGAUAUUGUUACGGCGAUUGCACCUUGGAGGAUGUAGAAGCCUUCACGACUCAUUCUUCGAAAGACUUCAGGAAGCACACUUUGAAAAUCUAGAAGAGUUCUCCAUCUCUGGGAGGAGGGUGAUCGAUGGUGGGUCGUCAUAUCCACAGUCCAUCUCAUUCCUUCUUCCCAAGCAGUUCGACAGAGGCAUCGUGUACUUGCAUGUAGAAAAAAGCAGCCUGGACAACAUUUGCUCGGAAGUAGACGAAUGGGAAGAUGAAAGCCCUAAAGGUGAGGAAGAUAGAAACAUGGACAGCAAUGACUCGGAACUUGCUUAUAAAAGCAUUCCAAGUGAUGAAGUUAAAGACAGCCGACCGGGCAGAGUUGUUUUGAUAGAGAUGACGACAGGUGAUGCCAAAUUCCAGUUUUCAGCUUUACUUAGAAUUAAAACGCACAGAAGUAGUUAUGGGUACGACGAACCGGACAAAUAUAGGAAGUUGCCCACUGCUACAUUUGGAGGCGAUAGCGAGCUGAUGAAGAUGGCAAAACAAGGAGAAUUUAAGGGGAAUGGUGACGCCCGGCUUAGGACGAUGAUGACUAUGCGUGUGUCCAUCGACGGCUGCGUCCUACUCCACGGUGAUUUGUUCACGUAUAUGAAUAACUACUCUAGACCCGAUCCAAUUGCAGCUGACGAUAAUUUUGUAGUGGAAUUUGAUUGGUAAUUUUAAGAAUUAGGUGAUAAACAAUAAUUUUAAGAAUUAGGUGAUUGGAAUUACGACAUUUUUAGAUAAGUAUGUAAAGGGGCCGAAAUCUCAUUCUCACCUACUCAAGUAAUCGUGACAAGUAUUAAAAGAAAUUGUUGACAUUGAAGUAAUGCUACGCGGCUGAUCAUUCCAGUGUUUUCCUUUACGUAUCGGCAAAAAGUGUACAUCUUACCGCCUGUUGUACUUGUUCUGCAUGACAAGGCUUGGAUUUUUUAAUAUGAAAUUAAAAGAGAGUUAGCUAUUUAA